UAUCUCAUCACUAUCCCACUCAAGAGAACCCACUUGAAUUAGGACUAUUGUACCCAAGGUAAGUCUAUCUUAUCACAUUGGUGAUCAACAAUUAAGAACACCAAAUUAACGUGUGGUUCCAGUGCAAGUUGAUACGAUAGCAUUGUAUUUCAAAUGUUUGUUUGAAGAGAGAAGAGAACACAGAUAUUAGCAAUGAGAAGUGAAGAGGUUGUGUUGUCGUUCUCCUUUCUUUUUCUCUGGCUGUCGAUAUGCUUCGAAAUAUGUUAUGGAAGAGAUACUCUGAAGGUUAACCAGAAGAUAACCCAGGACUCCGAAGGAAACCUUUUUUCAUCAAACGCCACAUUUGAGCUGGGCUUCUUCUCUCCCGGUGAGGAAAGUGGAGAGAAAAGAUACCUGGGGAUAUGGUAUCACGGCUUGGAACCACAAACAGUGGUGUGGGUUGCCAACAGAGAUCAUCCCGUUGCAGAUUCCAGUGGAGUUUUUCGAAUUGCGGAGGAUGGAAAUCUCGUGGUAGAAGAUGCAUCAUCCAAAACCCACUGGUCCUCCAAACUUGAAGCUAACUCGUCCGCCAACAAAACACUGAAGCUCCUAGAUUCGGGGAAUCUAGUACUAAUACAGGAUGACUCUGAAACCACAUAUCUGUGGCAAAGCUUCCAAAACCCAACAGACACGUUUCUUCCCGGCAUGAAAAUGGAUGCGACUUUGUCGUUGACUUCUUGGAGAGACUCCGCUGACCCAGCACCUGGGAACUUCACUUUCAAAAUGACUCAAAAGGCUGAGAAACAACGCUUCGUUGUGCAAUAUCAUUCACACAUCUACUGGGCACCUUAUGAACUUGGCACAGAAGCGGCUUCCCAGAAGGUAUUUGAUUUGUUGCACAACACCACCUGGAAUAGUACAACGUACAAAUAUUCUAACAAAACAGUCUUCGUAUCAAAGCCUUACAUGUACAAUAAGUCAAGGCUGGUAAUGAGUUAUAGCGGGGAGAUAGUGUUUCUGAAGUGGGACGAGAAACCAUUACAAUGGAAUAAGAAAUGGUUUGGACCAGAGGACAAGUGUGACAUAUAUGAUUAUUGCGGGAGCUUCGGCAUAUGUAACAGAGAUAACCUUCGGUGCAAAUGUUUGCCAGGAUUCAGUUCUGUUCAAGGUUUGCAUUCUGAUCGAGAAUCGGAGUCCCAAGGAUGUGAGAGAAAAUCAAAGCCGUGUAACAGUACGAACGAGGACGUGUGGUUCCUGAACUUAACCAAUAUAAAAGUGGGGAACUCAGACCAAGAAAUUUAUACUCAAACAGAAGCAGAAUGUCAAUCCAUGUGCAUCAACAUGUGUCCCGAACCACAGUGCCAGGCAUAUUCAUUUAAUACUUCUACGUAUGGUGACCGUAGUUCAUACUCCUGCUAUAUCUGGACGGAGCCUUUAACUUCUCUUGUUGAGAACAACCCGCGCGGUCGUGAUCUUUCUAUCUUGGUUAAGAAAUCAGACAUAGCACCAACUGCUAAAUCCUGUGAACCUUGCGGCACAUAUGCGAUUCCUUAUCCCCUGAGCACUGGGCCAAACUGCGGCGACCCCAUGUACCACAACUUCAAUUGCAACAAAUCCUCCGGCAUAGUUAGCUUCAUGAUGCCCGGAGGAAAAUCAUACCCAGUUACUUGGAUCGAUGAAGCUACCAGAAUGUUUUCCAUUCAAACAGAUUAUUCAUAUUUCUGUGGUUCCAAAAAUCAGAAUAAUACUCCUAAACCUCCAUUCCGUUUAGCUGACUCAAAGUGUUCCAAAAAUGUUGGAAUGGUUAAUAUCAGUUGGGAAGCAGCACCAGAACCUCCCUGUGGGAAGCUCAUAGACUGUGAGAACUGGCUCCAUUCGACAUGCACGGAAACAAGUGAAGGAGAUCACAGGUGCCAUUGCAAUUCGCACUAUAAGUGGGAUACCUCAAUUAUGAUGUGUGCCCAAGAAAAGCAUUCAACCAUCCCAAAGACGACUUUAGUAAUUUUUACUAUCAUGGUGAUUCUGGGAUGUAUAAUAGCAUUUCUCAUUGUGUGGAGAAAGAGAAAAGCUCAUAAGCUUGAUAGUGCAGAUGAAGCAAGUAGUCGAAUUCAGGAGAGCUUGCACGAGAGUGAAAGACAUGUGAAAGGUUUGAUUGGCUUAGGAAGUUUAGAAGAAAACGACAUUGAAGGCAUUGAAGUGCCCUGUUAUACUUUUGCAAGCAUUCUAUCAGCUACAGAUAAUUUCUCAGAUUCUAACAAGCUUGGAAGAGGAGGUUACGGACCUGUAUACAAGGGAACGUUUUAUGGAGGUCAUGAUAUAGCUGUAAAGAGACUUUCAAAUGUUUCCACUCAAGGGUUACAAGAAUUCAAAAAUGAGGUUAUUCUGAUUGCCAAACUUCAACACCGGAACCUUGUUAGACUAAGGGGCUAUUGCAUUAAAGGAGAUGAAAAAAUCUUACUUUAUGAAUACAUGCCAAACAAGAGCUUGGACUCCUUCAUAUUUGACCGAACACGAACUUUACUUCUGGAUUGGCCAAUGCGAUUCAAGAUAAUUGUAGGCAUUGCGCGAGGCAUGCUCUAUCUUCACCAAGACUCCAGAUUGAGAGUGAUUCACAGAGAUUUAAAAACUAGCAACAUUCUUCUAGACGAAGAGAUGAAUCCAAAGAUUUCAGACUUUGGUCUAGCCAAAAUAUUUGGGGGAAAAGAAACUGAAGCAAGUACAGAGAGAGUAGUGGGAACCUAUGGAUAUAUGGCUCCAGAGUAUGCAUUGGAUGGACUUUUUUCAAUCAAAUCUGAUGUUUUCAGUUUUGGAGUAAUCCUUCUGGAGAUCCUCAGUGGAAAAAGGAACACAGGAUUUUAUGAAUCCAAUCAAAUUUCUAGCCUUUUGGGUUAUGCAUGGAAGUUGUGGACAGAGAAUAGGCUUCUGGAUUUAAUGGAUUCAUGCAUUGGUGAAACAUGCAACCAAAAUCAAUUCAUCAAGUGUGCAAUUAUUGGGCUAUUAUGCAUUCAAGAUGAACCAAUUGAUCGACCCAAUAUGUCAAAUGUUUUGUUCAUGCUUGACAGAGAUACAACAACUAUGCCAUUGCCAAUUCCCACACAACCAACCUUUUUUGUCAACAAAUUAUUAUCAGAGAUAACACAUGUAUUAAGAAGGUUUGUAUUAGCAAUGAGAAGUGAAGGGGUUGUGUUGCCGUUCUCCUUUCUUCUUCUGUGGCUGCCGCUAUGGUUGGAAAUAUGUUUGGGUGGAGAUACUCUGAAGGCUAAGCAGAACAUAACUCAGGACUCCAAAGGAAACCUUGUUUCAUCAAACGACACAUUUGAGCUGGGCUUCUUUUCUCCCGGUGGGGAAAGUGGAGGGAAAUAUCUGGGGAUAUGGUAUCACGGCUUGGAACCACAAACAGUGGUGUGGGUUGCCAACAGAGAUCAUCCCGUUGCAGAUUCCAGUGGAGUUUUUCGAAUUGCGGAGGAUGGAAAUCUCGUGGUAGAACAUGCAUCAUCCAAAACCCACUGGUCCUCUGAACUUGGACCAUCCUCAUCCACAAACAGAACAUUGAAGCUCCUAGAUUCUGGGAAUCUUGUACUAGUAGAGGAUCACUCUGAAACGACUUACCUGUGGCAAAGCUUCCAAAACCCAACAGACACUUUUCUUCCCGGCAUGAAAAUGGAUGCGACUUUGUCGUUGACUUCUUGGAGAGACUCCGCUAACCCAGCACCUGGGGACUUCACCUUCAAGCUGGAUCCUAGUGGAACCUUGGUGGUGUUAAAACAAUCGCAACUUUACUGGACAGAGUCACUUGAUGGAUCCGAUACAAAGAUCUAUGAUUUCUUGAGCUUGAUGAACACUUCAUGGACCAGGAAUUCAAGCUUCUUGAUGUUUCAACAAAAACCUCAUCACAUAAACAAAAAAUCAAGGCUAAUAAUGAAUUCUAACGGGGAGAUACAGUUUAUGAAGUGGGACGAGGACGACAGGCAAUGGGAUAAACGGUGGUGGGAACCAGAUGGCGCGUGCGACGUAUAUGGCAAUUGCGGGAGCUUCGGCAUAUGCAAAGAAAAUAAUUUGAUUCCGAAGUAUUGCAAAUGUUUGCCAGGAUUCAGACCCAGGGAUGAAAAAAGCCCUGGCGAAGGGUGUAUCAGAAAAUCAACGUCUUGUAGUGACACGAAUGUGACGUUCCUGAACUUAACCAACAUAAAAGUGGGUGGGUCAGAUGAACAGAUUCAUUCGGUAACAGAAGCAGAAUGUGAAUCCUUGUGCCGUAACCGUAGCAUUAGCAAGUGUUCUCAGACCCAGUGCCAGGCAUAUUCAUAUUCAUAUUCAUAUAGUUCUGAAAGGGAGCUUGAUGGAGAUGGUUAUUAUAACUCCACAUGCGAGAUCUGGACGGGAAAUUUAUCAACUCGUGUAGGUGGUGGUCGCAAUCUUUCUGUCCUGGUUAAGAGAUCAGAUAUAGAAGCAACUGCAAAAUCGUGUGAACCUUGUGGUGCAAACGAGAUUCCUUAUCCGCUGAGCACUGGGCCAAACUGUGGAGACCCCACGUACAACAACUUCAGUUGUAAUGAAUCGACGGGCGACGUUAGCUUCAGGAUGCCCGGAGGAAAAUCAUACCUAGUUACUUGGAUCGAUGAAGAUACCAGAAUGUUUUACAUUGAAACAGAUGAUUCAUAUUCUUGUGGUUCCAGAAAUCUAAAUAACACUCUUAAAUCUCCAUUCAGUGUUGUAGCUGACUCAGAGUGUUCCAUAAAAGAUGGAGUGAUUAAAAUGAGUUGGGAAGCAGCACCAGAACCUCCCUGUAAGAAGCCCACAGACUGCGAGAACUGGCUCCAUUCGACAUGCACUGGAACAAGUAAAGGAGAUCGCAGGUGCCAUUGCAAUCCUCACUAUAGCUGGAAUAACUCAAUUAUGAUAUGUGCCAAAGAAAAGCAUUCAACAGACUCACUGGCGAUCACUUUUGUAAUUUUUACUAUCAUGGUGAUUCUGGGAUGUAUAAUAGCAUUUCUCAUUGUGUGGAGAAAGAGAAAAGCUCAUAAGCUUGAUAGUGCAGAUGAAGCAAGUAGUCGAAUUCAGGAGAGCUUGCACGAGAGUGAAAGACAUGUGAAAGGUUUGAUUGGCUUAGGAAGUUUAGAAGAAAACGACAUUGAAGGCAUUGAAGUGCCCUGUUAUACUUUUGCAAGCAUUCUAUCAGCUACAGAUAAUUUCUCAGAUUCUAACAAGCUUGGAAAAGGAGGUUACGGACCUGUAUACAAGGGAACGUUUUAUGGAGGUCAUGAUAUAGCUGUAAAGAGACUUUCAAAUGUUUCCACUCAAGGGUUACAAGAAUUCAAAAAUGAGGUUAUUCUGAUUGCCAAACUUCAACACCGGAACCUUGUUAGACUAAGGGGCUAUUGCAUUAAAGGAGAUGAAAAAAUCUUACUUUAUGAAUACAUGCCAAACAAGAGCUUGGACUCGUUCAUAUUUGAUCGAACACGAACUUUACUUCUGGAUUGGCCAAUGCGAUUCAAGAUAAUUGUAGGCAUAGCGCGAGGCAUGCUCUAUCUUCACCAAGACUCCAGAUUGAGAGUGAUUCACAGAGAUUUAAAAACUAGCAACAUUCUUUUAGAUGAGGAGAUGAAUCCAAAGAUAUCAGACUUUGGUCUAGCCAAAAUAUUUGGGGAAAAAGAAACUGAAGCAAGUACAGAGAGAGUAGUGGGAACCUAUGGAUAUAUGGCUCCAGAGUAUGCAUUGGAUGGACUUUUUUCAAUCAAAUCUGAUGUUUUCAGCUUUGGAGUAAUCCUUCUAGAGAUCCUCAGUGGAAAAAGGAACACAGGAUUUUAUGAAUCCAAUCAAAUUUCUAGCCUUUUGGGUUAUGCAUGGAAGUUGUGGACAGAGAAUAGGCUUCUGGAUUUAAUGGAUUCAUGCAUUGGUGAAACAUGCAACCAAAAUCAAUUCAUCAAGUGUGCAAUUAUUGGGCUAUUAUGCAUUCAAGAUGAACCAAUUGAUCGACCCACUAUGUCAAAUGUUUUGUUCAUGCUUGACAGAGAUACAACAACCAUGCCAUUGCCAAUUCCCACACAACCAACCUUUUUUGUCAACAAGCGUUUUUCUAGCUCAGCUUCCUCUUCUAGCAAACCAGAGAUAGGUCUGCAAUUUGACACCAGUUAUCAACAAGGUCGAUAGUGCACGAUGGAGCCAACAAUUUUCCAUGGUGUAUUUAUACGAGGUUAAAUAUAUUUUUGUUCCUUUCACUUUGAAUUGAAAAUUAAAAUUUGUUCUUUUUCGAA